AUCGGCACUUAACUUAACACCGAUGCGUAAAAUGGCGGAAAUAUGUGUACCGAGUGAAGUUCUGGCAGAAUCAGUUGUGAAAAAGUGAUUUAAAUUAGUAACAUUUUAAUAAAUACAGUGCUGAAUGAUACGUAAUUGAUGUGUAAAAAUCAAGCAAUUAAAUCGAUAAAACCACACAACCGUCAAUUUAUACAUGUGACUAAACAGUGUUCCCUCUAGCCGGCGUGAAUGAUUGAAAGGCGACGAUGGCACCACAGCAGCGAGCUGAGGAAAUACCUGUAAAAAGAGUAGCAGCUCCCGGAUGCCGAUUACCGGCACGUUUUCCACCCGGUGAAAUAUUAACCGACGUUACUCAACGCCAAUGGCGAUUAGGCCAACCCAUAGGAUACGGAGGAUUUGGAGAUAUUUAUCUUGCAUCAAAUGUCGUCAAUCGAGUUGCCGGUCACGACGCGAGAUAUGUGAUAAAGGUCGAGCCGCACAACAAUGGCCCGCUCUUUGUUGAAAUGAAUUUCUACAUUAGAGCUGCGCAAUGGCACAUGAUCGAGAGUUGGUGCAAGCAGCAGAGAAUAAGGAGAGUCGGGGUUCCGACGUAUGAGGGGUCGGGGUCGCACGUGUUCAGAGGACAACGUUACAGGUUCCUGGUAUUACCGCGGUACAGAAUUGACGUCAACAAGUUGUUCCUAGCCCGAGGGCGAAAGCUUCACGCAAAAACGGUCUACGCCCUCGCUGUUCAGAUGCUCAACGCGCUGGAAUAUAUUCACAGUCGAGGAUACGCUCACGCUGAUGUUAAAGGCUCAAAUAUUCUAUUAAACAUCGAGGCUAAAGACUUGGUCGAGCAAGAGCCAGAGGCAUACCUGGUUGACUACGGCCUGGCAUUUCGUUUUCGAACAAGAUCCGGAACUCACAAGCCUUUUGCACACGACGAAAGAAGAGCGCACGAAGGAACUUUAGAAUUUACAUCGCGCGAUGCGCACCAUGGAACACAUUCCAGGAGAGGUGAUCUAGAAACACUGGGUUAUAAUUUAAUACAAUGGUUGUGUGGUCGUCUUCCAUGGGAAAAAGAAAGCGGAGGCAUGUCCAUCGCUACCAGCCCCGAGUCUGUUCAGGAGCAUAAAGAAUUCGCACUUUCUGACGUUCCCCGUUUCAUGCGCGAAUGUUUUCCGUCCGAACAAUAUCCACCUGCAACGCUGACAAAGUAUAUGCAGUACGUGGCUAAUCUGGGAUUUGAAACGAGACCUGAUUACAAUUUUCUAAGAUCGUUAUUCUCGAGAAGCGCGUGGAAGAACGACACAACAGUUGCCUCGCCCAACUCGCUAGUAUCCUCGAAGAAAACUCAUAAACGCACACCGAAUGAAAAUAUCUCGUAUUUAAAGCCCAUGAAACGGUUGUGCAUCAGAAAUGCAGCACGAAAACCGUGCGUACCGGUAAACUGUGAAAUGCGGAUGACCAGAAAAAACCACCCGACGAAUUCAAAAUCACAAUUCAGCUGGGAGGAAGUAUUAGCCAGGCAUCCUGAUAAGAUGGCAAAAUUACACCUUUUAGAACCGCCGUUGUCUCCACCACUUACGCCGCCGCCUUCGCCACCACCACCCGCACUCCCUACCUACGCAAUGCUACAGGUUCUUCAAAGGAUUAAAGAAAAACAAUCGGGAUCAAUGAAGUCGCGAAAUUCAUCUAAAAUGGUCGAUCACGAGCUAAAGGCGAAAUGGAUGACGCCAGCUAUGGAGGCGGUGGCAACGCAGCUUCAAAACAGACUGGCAAGAUUGGUAAUCAGUACAUCCAAGAAAAAAUCAGCGACGUGUUGCUCCCCAAGGCUGACAAGAUCGCGAGCAGCUUUAUUGAACCGACAACCCGGCUUUGGGGAAAAGAUACUUCAAAGAAUGUUGGAUUCUUCCGGUCCUAUUACUGGAAAAACUGGUAGUCGUGAAAUCGAGAAAAAGCGGACGCGUUAGGACGGCGUAAAUAUUUCUCAAACUGUAGACCGACAUCACACGUUUCGCGCUUCGUUACCUAGAGGACGAGUACAAAAGUCCUUUAACGGAAGAAAUAUUGAAAAAUCGAAUAACGAGUCGACUCUUGGACGCUUGAAUGAGUAUUGUUUCACGGAUUCUCAUUAGUUAAUUAGCUUAUAUUAAGUUCGACGAUCAUCCGAGAUGGACAAAUUUUCUUAUCGUUUAUAUAAUUUAUAUGCUUUAUAUACAAUAUACGAUCGUUACGUGUCUCAAAAAUUGAAUAAGACUGUUCCUCCCCGUAUGAGUUAGAUUUAUUAGACAAAUGAUGAAAAAUUUAGUAGAUAAAAAAAAAAAAAAAAAAAACAAAGAACAAAAGAAAAAUAAGAAAAUUUAUUUGAAAAUAUCUAAACCACAGCCAGUCUUUCGUUACGGUGUUUGACACUAAACCAUUGCAUUAUGUAGUAUUAACUUGCUUUCACCGAUGUCUAAAUGAUAUGAAACAAAUGAAUUACGAAUAUAAUUUUACAAUUAAUCAAUAUUCUGUGAAUGCAAAUAGCUAUAUGCAAUCUCCUACUCUGUUGUUAUUAUUAUUAUUUAAUUAUUAUUAUCAUUCUAUAAAGAGCAUAACAAUAAGUCUAGAUAGCGGUAAUUGUAGAUUUAAUCUCGCCCGUACCUUUGCAAUUCUAAUCACUUUAUCUUGUACGUGCUAUUUACGUUUGUGUUGUUCAUAAUUAUUUGUAAAAUCGAUUUUAAAUUUGUCGCAGUUUCGAACGUCCUUUAAGUCUCUUCGGCUUGAUUGUAUUUUCUUGACAGGAUUACGGGUUUUUUUUUUUUUUUUGUAUUUGUUCCAACCUGAAUCGAGUGCUCGGAUUCAAACAUCUAUAGCUCUCAAAGUGCGAAUUAUCGAUUAUACGAAACGUCCGAUCAACUAACAAUAAGAUUUUUAGAACACAACGAUCUAUAAAUAACAUAGCCGAAAAACGGGAAAAACUUAUAACUUUACUUUUGUUCCAACAAGUUUCAUUUGAUCAAGAAAUACGCGAAAAAAAAAUACAACAAUUUUCUGCAAAGCACUAGAACAACUCAAUAUCUAUUUCAAUUUUAAUAAUAUAAUAUGUUUAAUUGUGGCUUAUAGGAAAAUACUUAUUCCAUGAUUCGUGAAUAAGUUUUCGUUUAAAAGAUUCUUUCUUAUGCGGGAUAAACGAGUUGGAUAUUUUUUUUUCAUUCAAGUCAACUUCCAGAUAAACAAUUUGAAUCGACAAACUGGAAACUGUAUUCGAUUCGCGCUAAUAUAGCAAAAUAUAGGAAAAUGCAAAUAAUACUUCAAAUUUAAAACUAAUUUGCUUAUCCACUAAGUUUAUAUAACUCAGAUUUGUUUCAUUCAUUUUUAACAUCACUAGUCUUCGUGUUAUUUUCGGAUAUGAUGAAAACUGUUUUCACAUAACAAUACAUAGUAUACAGAAAUGUAUCGCGUAUUUGAAGAAGAAAAAGAAAAAAAAGAAGAAACCAGCAAUAUUAAUCACGCCAACAAAUGAAUUAUCUAAUUUAAUUACGUGUCAAGAUUGUACCGAAUGUAAAUACGUUGCGUUAAUUUCGUUGAAAACGAAAUAUAUAUAUAUAUAUAUAUAUAUAUAUAUAUAUAACUCUAGAAUAAUCAUUAUAUAUGUAAUAGGAUUUUAUUGUGUCCCGGUUACACGCGUAUGUUUACAGGAGGAACGGUUUUCAAAGAAAUUAACGCAACGUAUUUACAUUCGGUACAAUCUUGAUAUCAAUAUAUAUAUAUAUAUAUA